AUGCGUUUCACCACUGUCCUCACCCUUUUUUUGGCCUCUUCCGUGGCUGCUCAAUAUUCAACACACUGGCUUGCUGCCUGGAAAGUAUUUGAAAAUGAAGUUGCAAAAUAUAUGAAACAAUGGGGUAGAACUACGGAUCAGGUCUUGGGUUCCAGCACCCCAUUACCUUUGACUGAAAUGAAUGAAUCACUCAAAGGGCUAGAUAAUAGCUGGAAAAAAUUUGCUCAAAUUCUUGAUGCCGCAAACCCGAAAGACUCGACACCAGCUGAUAAUGCCCAAAUGUGUAACCACAUGCCACGGGAGUUCCGCCUGAUGGCCGACAAUGGAGAAAAAAUGCGCCGACUCGGCGUAGAGGUAAAGUCAAAAGGGGCAAGUAAGUAUCAGGGCAUUGAGGUUACAAGAACGAACCUCCAAGGCGUCCAGGGUUCUUUUGAAACGGUUUCACGAUCGCUCAGUCGGCAGGGACUAGAUAGCUGCCAGGGAGACUACAUGGCAGCAAGAAAUGACGCGAAAGCCAAAUUAGACGCGGCGGUUCGUGCAUGGAGAGCUUGA